AUGGCGUCGUAUCAGUACCGCAACUCUUACUAUGCCCAGCCCAGUGGCCUGGAGCACAACUCCAGAGACCAGCGCACACGCUCAAGCGAGGGAACUGUCAGCACCACAGUCAGCUCAUCCAGCGGGCGCGAAUCAGCAGGUACACACACGACGGAACCUCCAACUUAUUCCAAGAAGAUUGUGGUUGUCGGAGAUGGCGGGUGUGGAAAGACUUGCUUGCUCAUCAGCUACAGCCAAGGCUACUUCCCAGAGAAAUAUGUCCCUACCGUCUUCGAAAACUACAUUACGUACCCAGUCCACCCUCCUGACGGGAAGACUGUAGAGCUUGCUCUGUGGGAUACGGCUGGCCAAGAAGAAUACGACCGCCUACGGCCGCUUUCAUACCCUGAAACCGAUUUGAUAUUCGUCUGCUUUGCCAUCGACUGUCCCAACUCCCUCGAUAAUGUGCUGGACAAGUGGUACCCUGAAGUUCUACACUUCUGCCCUUAUACCCCGCUCAUUCUCGUCGGUCUCAAGUCAGACCUACGUUAUAAGAAGACCUGCAUUGAGAUGCUCAAGACUCAAGGCCUCACACCCGUCACAACCGAGCAGGGUAUGGCGGUUGCCAAGAAAAUGAGCGCCCAGUACAUGGAGUGCAGCAGCAGGGAGAUGGUUGGUGUUGAUGAGAUCUUUGAGCGCGCCAUUCUCACUGUCGUGGCCAACGACCGCAAAAAUCUCGAGGCCAACGCCGCCUCGUCAGCUCACAAGAGCGGCGAGGGCAAGUCGUCGAUUCCCGGCGUAGGGGCGCCCAAGAGGAGGAAGCGAAAGUGUCACAUUCUCUAA